AUGUUUUUAUAUAUUUGUACAUUUCUACUUGUAAAUGAACUUUUGGCGGAAGUCAUUGUAGAGAACUUGAAAGAAUGGAACAGAGAAUUGAGAAGAGAAGGAGUUGUUUUGGCGCAUUUUAGGACGAAAUGGUGCUCCCCUUGCGACAGAUUGGAGCGAGAAUGGGACAGAGUUCAACAAGGCCCAGGACUGCAAAAAUUUCAAAACUCCUUUGUCUCGACUGUGACUGUCGACUGUACUGAAAAUGAAGAAAUCUGCAAAAGAUACAAUGUCGAAAGUUUUCCGUGCAUCAUUUCAUUCUGUGACGGAAACAAAAUCUUGAAACUCGACGAUGAUCAGCCAAGAACGACAGAGUCUUUUCUCAAAUUUGCCCAAGCUUCGAUGGAUUUUUUUCACGAAAAAGAUGAAGGAGUGGCCUUCAGGUUGAAAAGUAAAGAAGAGCUUGAUUUCGUUAAGAAAUCAAACUAUGAUACCCUCAAUGUUCUUUUUACGCAACAUUAUGAUCUUGAAGCAAAGGCAAAAUUCGAACAAGUAAUGGAGCAAGUCAACUUCGCCUUAUCUUCAAAAACUCGAUUCGUUGUCAUGGACUUAGAUCUCGUACCGAAAGGGACCUUCAACAGCAAGCCCUUGAGAAUUCCUGCUGAUAAAGCGUGGGUCGUUAGCUAUCAGAAUGGAGUAGAAAAGCGAAGGCAGUCCAUUGAUGAUUUCAAUAUUGGCGAUAUGCAAGUGCUGAGAAAAUUGGAAGUCGAAGCGGAGCCAAUUUCGAAGAUUAUUCAAAAGAGGGUUUUUGAAGGACCAAUCAUAAACUCAUUAAAAGGGGAGCUUAUUGAAGGCGUGAAAAUGCAACCUGAGGAAUAUCUUUAUAUCCAGCUUGGCGAAUCAGCUGAGCUAUCUGAAGCAAGAAAAACCUGGGAAAAAAGAAAUGACCAUGCGUGGACCGAUAUUUGCAAUCGACCCGGUGAGUUUUGCUGGACUUUGAAUGACGAUGGAGAGUGUCAAUUGAAUGAAGACUGCAUCUCCGUCGACUGCAGUGAGGACGUCAUGAAGAUCGAGGUCGACAAUGAUUUGUUGAAAACAGAUGAAAAUUAUGAAAUAAGACUUCUAUCGGGCGUUGAUGAACAAUCCUGCAUUAAUUUUGCCAAAUUUUAUCAAGACAAUAAAGCUCGAAAGUCAUUUCUGUCAAUUCCUUACGGCGAUUGUGGGAUGACUGUAACAAGCUCGAGAAGAGAAGAUGAUUCGCCGACGAUUACUUUUGAGCAGAUUGUUCGAUUUGAUACGCUCGAUAUCAGCUUCAAACUCAAUGCAAAAUGCAACAUUGGCGCCGAAGUCACGCUCAAACCUCGCCUCGGUCCAAACAACUCGGACUAUUUCAACGUCGAAACCAAAGAAUUCGACCAUACGAACUCGGUCAACGGCGACUGGGGUCAACUAUUCGAACUGAUGUUUUUCCAAGACGAGAAUUUCUCGAUCAAGUCUGAUCGAAAUAAUUUGAUGGUCGGGGAACAGAUCAAUGUCGCGGUUUAUUUGGCGAAUCAGAACUUGAAGGGGGUGAAAUUUUUUAUCGAAAGAUGUUUUAUGGCGAAUUCGGAGAAUAUGUUUUACGAUAUCAUCAGAGGAGGUUGUAUAUCAGAGCUCGUCUCAGGAAGAUUCGCCAAAAACAACCCGUAUCAAGAAGAAGACCAGCGAUUUUCCUUCCGAAGUUUCAGCUUCCGUCGCACUGCUUCUCUUCAUCAAAUGAACUUCAAUUGCGUCGUCAAGAUUUGCCCCCAAAGCGAAAUCGACAAUGGCAAGUGUGGCAUUAAGAACUCCUGUUCAGACGGGUACAAAUUCGGAGAAAACUGGCUGACAGAGGAGAUAGAUGAGACAACAAGAUAA